AUGGCCGACUUCGCAGCGGGAGGCUCGGCCGGCCUGACCGGCUGGGACCAGUACACAUCGCAGGACCAACUCACCCGCUCCGCCGGUUCACUAAAUGGACACCCCGAUGCCGCGGCUUUAGCCCACCUUUCACGUGCACUGUAUAUCCCUCGUCACGACAGAGAAGCAACUCACCUUGCCGUCCAUGAUAUCAGCACCCAGUAUACAGCUGCUAAGGGCACACUCCCAAUUGGAUGUACCAAGUACGCCGUCGCCAUAGGAGUCAUGCCGAAACCGCAGGGUAAUGGACCAGGUGAUAUCACCGUCUUGUACGACGUGGAUUUUAAUCGUGAAAAAGAUGAAGAAGCGGUAGUAGGAUCAGUGAAAUGCCGAGAACCGUCAUCCUUGUCGGCUGAGGUAGAAUUGGCAAUCUGUACUACCGAAGAGGAAGCUGCCAUCUUAACCACAGAUGGCGCAAAUGAAACCGAGAUGUUCCUUGGUGUGACAUACCCUAUUCCCACCUCAUCAACCCGCACCGGCAUCGUCAAAAACGCCUACUUCACCUUCCAGGUCCCAGAUACCGACGGUGGAUCAACAACCUAUCAAUGGCAGAUCCACCCCAGCCGGAAUGGUCGCCUGCGGUAUACACUUGUCCGCAACCCUUCACCACAGGAAGCACAGCAGGAACCCAGCGAUGGCGAUAUCCAGGCCGUAUAUUAUCAUAUCGGGCUCGAUGACUCGUUGUGGCUAUCAUACAGUGAGGGGCUUCUUCUUCUCCCUUUUGGUCAGAGCUCCGUUAGAGAAAACAUCGUGGUUGCUAGUGCGCUUGGGAUGCUAUGGCGGCUGCGGGAGCUUCACAGGGGAAAGGGUAAGAUUGGGAAGACGAGCGAGAAGAAAUCACGGUUUGGGUCGAUUAAGCGCGUGUUUGGAAGUAAGGAGUAA